AGUGAGUGAAGCCACGCCUCCACUCGCUUUAUAAAAUGGCGCACAAAUCCCACGCACAUGUUGGAGCCUCCAAAAUGGCGUCUCUUGGAACCACCGUUCGGGGGGCCUUCGGAUCCAUGGAUCCAGCUCGGAUUUCCUUCUCCAGCGAGUUUCCCGACGAGGACAGCUUCAUCUCCAUAAGCCCCAAGUCCAUGCCGGAGGCCCAGGAAAUGGUCCAAAUGGAGCAGUUCGAGUUUCUCUCCGGCAAUCUGAGCUGCCAGAAAAUGUUGACAGCCGACGAGCUGUUCUCCGAAGGGAAGCUGCUGCCUUUCUGGGCAAUGGAACAGUCGACUGACAAACUGAGUAAGAUUAAACUGAAAGAGAAAUGUGACAAGGUUGAAGAAACGGAGAGUAAAGUAAGCUGGUUUGUGGACAUUGACGGCGACCCGUCUCCCCGGCCGCCGAAAUGCACCGUUCUGUGGAAAGAGUUGCUGAGGUUGAAGAAGCAGAGGGCUUCUUCAUCUUUGUCGCCAUCUUCAUCAUCAUCUUCUUCUUCUUCUUCUUCUUCAUCGAGCUCGCUUGGUGUUGGAGAUUUGCCCACCAUUGAUGAAGGGAAAGAAAAGAAGGAGAAGCAGCAGUUCAGGAUGAUGAGAAUAAGGCCUAUGGUGAAUGUGCCAAUUUGCAGGCAAGGGAAGAACCGUGCUGUGCCGCCAGUGCCGUCUUCUUCUCUCAGGAAAGGGAGAUUGGAGAGAUGAUGAGAGAAGAAGCUAGCUAGUUAGCAACCGUUUGUUUCGUUCUGUAACUUGUUUUGAUUUAGUUCUAUAAUCCAUUUCCUCCAAUUCUAUCUCUAGGCGAAUGUUUGGUGAUCGAUUAUUGUUGGAUCUCGUCAACUACAAUGUAAAUCCUAACUUUAACUUUGGUUGGAUUCUG